UACAAAUUCACUGUUUAACUCGAAUCAUCUCGAUCAAUAAAUACAAUUUGAUUUUUAAAACUGUCGGUAUUUUAACCGGUUACAGUUUUUUAGAAUAAAGAAAAAUAUUGUAACUAUAUAAAGGCACAAUCUCUUAAACCUGUUUGAAAGUAUAUUUCGAAGUAGUCCUUCAGAAAAAUGUAUAUUUACAUAAUAGUGGCAAGUGGCAACAUUGUAGGGAUUUGGACAACAAUGACAGUGACAACUGGUUCUAAAGAACAAGGUAACAUUUAUUGAAACCUCAUUUCCUGAUUUAAUUUGUAUUCCUAAAAUAAAAUACAAAGGAUAUAGGAAAGAUAACGAACUUAAUGACAUGUAAAAUUAUGUUUUAAUGUAGAUUACAUAAUGUAUAUAGUAUGUAUACAGUUAAUCCAAUAGAAUGAUUUACAUUUAUCAUAAAAUAUAAUUUCCAUAAAUAAUAUGACUAUUGAAAUGUCUUAUCAAUAUUUAUGUAGAUGUUUAUUUGAUGACUCAAUCAUUGAAAUUAUGAUAAGUACAGUACACAACAGUUGGGAUUUGGGAAUCCAUUAGUUUAGAACAUUUGUGAAAUACCUACCUAUUCAUUGCAUUUUAUUUGUUUAUUGGUAAUUUGUAUACAUAAAGGGAAAGACCAGCUUUUUAUGUUCAUUGUAUAGUAGAAGCUUGACAAAACUAGACAAAUCUAACAGAAUGUUGAAAUUUGCAAUUUUAUUAUUAGCAGCUAUCGCCAUGGCCAGUGCAUUGACCGAUCAAGAAAAAUUUAGUGAAUUUAAGACCAAAUUCAACAAAAACUACGGCACCCCUGAAGAGGAGCAACACCGUCUUGAGGUAUUUUUGGAAAAUUCCAAAAAAAUUGACGCCCACAAUGAAAAAUUCGCUAAAGGAGAAGUCAGUUACAGCCAAGGCCUCAACCAGUUCAGUGACUUGACAGCUGAGGAGUGGAAGAACAGAAAUCACGGUUUAAAAAAUACCAACGCUAAAACUGUUGUUUGAAAAAAAAAUCAGUUAUAAAAUGGUUUUUACACAAUCAUUUUGAUGAUUUGACAUUUUUAUUGCUAUUAUAUGUUCGUGCAUUUACAGUUUUAAAAUAAAAAUGUUGACUAAAUUGAA